AACAGAGACUUACAGGAUACCAAACCCCAACUGAUCUUAACCAAUCAGGUUUAAGGGGGUGGGUUUCUUUUGAAGUAAUUCAGCAAAACGCUUUUUACUCAGUCACAUUACUAUCCAGUUCAAAGGGAGACAGACAAUCAAACCUGCUUCUCAGAAACAUGACAGGUCAGACUCCACAACAGACGAUGCCAAUGAAUGACAGCUCCACAAAUCAGACUUGUGAUGUUUUCAUCUACAAGGAGUCUGCACGGAUCAUCUUUCCCAUUUUUUAUUGCCUGGUUUUUAUCAUCAGCGUGACAGGUAACAGCCUGGUCCUCUGCAUCACCUGUCAGAAAAAGCAGAAGAUGAACUCCACCACGAUAUAUAUCAUCAACCUGGCCAUCUCUGACACCCUCUUCACCUUGGCUCUUCCCGGCAGGAUCAUCUACUACAUCCGAGGCUUCGACUGGCCUUUUGGAGAUUUCUUGUGCCGGCUGACUGCCAUGAUCUUCUACAGCAAUACCUACGCUAGCAUCGCCUUCAUGACCUGCAUCAGUGUAGAUCGCUAUUUGGCCAUGCUGCACCGUCAGAGGUGUCAAAGAAUGAGGAAAAUCAAAGUCGUGCGAGGUAUCUGCAUUCUGGUAUGGGUGGUGGUGCUUCUUGAGACGUCUCCUCUGCUCAUGAAGAACACCAUGGAAUACAGAUCCAGUCAUCGAACGUGCAUGGAGUUCUCUCAUUUUGAUAGCUACGGGAUGGCACUCGUUCUCCUAUUUGCUUGCAUCAUUGGGUUUUGCUUUCCUUUGGGACUCAUCCUGUACUGCUACAGUCGGGUCAGCUGCAAGCUCUCCAAGACGGCCAAGGAAAACCCGGUGACCAGCAGGUCUGGCAGCAACAGCAGGGCCAAAAAUAUGAUUCUGCUCAUUCUGCUGAGCUUCGGGGUGUGUUUCAGUCCCUACCACAUCAACAUCAUGCAGUUUGCAGUGAGAAGACUGUACAAUGUGCCCACUUGUGAGGACUUAAAGAUUUUGAAAAUGUCCCUGCAGGUAACUGUUUCCAUGAUGAAUUUUAACAGCUGCCUUGAUCCUAUUAUUUACUUUUUUGCCAUCAAAAUGUACAAGCAGAGAGUCAUGAGUCUUUUUAAGAGCUACAUUUCCGUUUCAGCAUCCUCCAGGAGCAUGCAGGAAAACAGCAGCAGUAACACAUGAGGGCCAAUAUUAUGUGAAGAAAAAUAUGAUGGUGCAAACUGCAGAGGAAAUGUCUGCACAUAUGUGAAAAUUUGGUUGGAUAGCUGUAGAGGGCAGAGUUUCAUACAUUUGAUUUCUGAGCAUUUAUGGUGUUUAAGUCUGUUAAUUUGUCUUGGGAUUUUUUUUACCACAUUUUGUGUGAAUUUAAGAUAUCUGACAUAAGAUCACUGAUAUUAUUUUGCAUUUUUGUGGUCAUUCAUAUGCAUUGUCACUCAUAUGCAUUUAUAACUGAUGUUCAUUUGUUUGUGUAAUAUAUAUCUGAUUGAUAUUAAUAUACUGUUGGAUUUUCUUAUUUUCUUUUUCUUUUUUUUUUUUUUUUUUUAACCUGGUCAUGUAGGCCUGCCAUUGACGUCAAAUGAAAUUCAAAGACUUAAAGUGAAAAUCAUUUACUUAUCCUCAUGUUGUUCCAAACCCAUAAGAAAUGUUUUCAACUUCAGAACACAAAUGAAGAUAUUUGAAUCAAAUUUGAGAGAUUUUUGAGAGACAUUUUAAAAUAUUUCUCAAAAAAACCCAAAAAAAAAAAAAAACAUAUGAAUCAUGCGAUUUAAUCCAAGUCUUUUGAAGAGACAUAACUGGUUUGUUGAUGAACAGCUUUAAUUUGUGCUUUUUUCCAAAUAAACAUUAAUAUCUUCACUUGGGUUCCAAAAAUAAACAAAAGUCUUUUGGGCUUGGAAUGACAUGAGGGCGAGUAAAUGAUGACAGAACUUUCAUUUUAGAGUGAACUAAGCCUUUAAGAAAAAAUUAUUAAUUGGAAAAUCCCACAUAAAGUUCAAGGAGGCUAAAAGACCAUUCUGAGUAAGAAUGUGUUAUUAUGUAGGUGUAUGUUAAUACCUAUUGACAUUUCCGUAAGCUGCUGUGUAAAUAGUGUGUUUUGCUUUAAAGAUGCUCACGAUGUGUGAUACAUUUCGAGAAACCCCUAUAACGGCAUUUUCCAUUUGGGAAUUUGAAGCUUAUGUAGCUGUCAAUUGUGCUAAACAACUUUCUCUGAAAAUCAAUUAAAGAGUUCAUUUACAA